CACACAUAGCCAUAUUGAUUCUUCACGGUUUAAACACAAACUUAAAUAACUUUGACACCAAGAUUUAACGAGUUCCCCUCCGCAAGGGUACAUCUCGUGUGGGAACCUCCUCCCACAAACAUCCACUAUCUUAUCAAAGGUUUACACAACGCAUUAACCGGCGCUUUCUUUGUGUUUCAGGUACAAGGCUUAAAGAGAAACAAUAACAAAGACAAUAAGAAGAACACUAAAGGUGGAGACUCGAACUCCCACUUUCUAUGGAGAUCAUCUUCUUCUCUCUUUGAUAUUCUCUUGUUCUCUCCACUCUCUGAAGACUUCUUAGCUCUCGUGCCAUUACGGCACCAUGCCGUGAACCUCAAUUAGGUUAACUUCCUCGAACGUCUUCUGCCUUCUUAUAUGCGUAAACGAUAUUUGCCGACUUGGAUGUGUAAAUAGGCUUCGUCACAUUGUAAUCCAACUUAGCUAAAAUUAUGUUUCUGGAUUUGGGCCUAGGGAUUAAUGGCUGAGGCCCAUAACUUACAAUCUCCACCUUGGGCCCAGUCCAUUUAUCCACUGUCUUUCUUCCAAUCACCACAAUCUGCCUUGUCGUAACACAUACCAAACUAAACUUCUUUCUUGACGGCAAAGACGAAGCAAUUUCCACUCCUCCAUGUCCUCCGGCAGCUUCUCCGACGAGGCUGACUGCAGCCUCAACCAGUGACGUUUUUUUUCUCUUGCUGGUAUGCAAUUGAAUCUCCUUAGAUCGCAAAACCAAAUUCGAAACACUUCCGUCUAGAAUCUUUGCUGUUUCCGGUGAUACCUUCAGCACCGAUCGUCUCUGGUGUUCAUAAUUACUCAACCUCCACCAUUCAUACAAGCUUCGUUGAUUAGUUUUAUAAACUUUCACCAGUGAAACCUCCACAAGUCAGUUUCAGGAAGCUUCCUCCUCGAUGCGAUUCCGGUUUGCCAUUGUUUCAACUUCAACGAAUCUCACAGUGCAGAUUAAUACACCCUCUCUGCAACCUCAUAUCUGGUGACCAUUGAUGCUCCGAAACUUCACCAUUAAAGAUAGUCAAUCCCGGAUGUAAUUUUAACUAGCCAUCACAUCCUCCAAUGUCAAUCUCCGACACUGCUGGCUUCUGCAGCCUCAGAUAAAUGUCCCGAGUCCAUCAUGCUCCUUAGAUGACUUGUGGUACUCCACCUGAAACCAUUUCUUUUCAUGGCUGCACUUCUGAGAAAAGCACAGUCUUCUCUUACGUGUCUGACUUGUACAUUUGCAGGACAACGUCUGCCGUAAACAGUUUCUCCGACGAACAUCCCAUGUUCUUCAACUGUCUCCUUGACCUCAGAACCUGACACGAAUACUCUUGACUCGUUCCUUUGGAUUCAAUAACACUGUGAAGCAUUAACCUGCUUCAAUUGAAUCUUUUCAUCAGCUGCUCCACCUGGAAUCAAGUUUACCUCACCGUGGUUCCGGAUGCCUAAAAGGUACAAGGCUUAAAGAGAAACAAUAACAAAGACAAUAAGAAGAACACUAAAGGUGGAGACUCGAACUCCCACUUUCUAUGGAGAUCAUCUUCUUCUCUCUUUGAUAUUCUCUUGUUCUCUCCACUCUCUGAAGACUUCUUAGCUCUCGUGCCAUUACGGCACCAUGCCGUGAACCUCAAUUAGGUUAACUUCCUCGAACGUCUUCUGCCUUCUUAUAUACGUAAACGAUAUUUGCCGACUUGGAUGUGUAAAUAGGCUUCGUCACAUUGUAAUCCAACUUAGCUAAAAUUAUGUUUCUGGAUUUGGGCCUAGGGAUUAAUGGCUGAGGCCCAUAACUUACACUUCCCCAUUUUCCUUUUUGGCAUUGCUCCCGUUUGCUUCUAAUCUUGUGAAAUCUCGGUUGUGCAGUUAAUCUGGCAUAUGGUAAUUGGUUAAAGGGAAACUUUUAUUGUGCUUUGAGCUUCCUGAUUUUUUCCACUGUAAUCUUCAGAUGUGAUGUGAUGUUACUGCUCGGGCCUAUCGGUCUUGAGUUUUUAUUGACCAGAUCGAUCUCCUUCUGGAAAGCACUUAAGUUUUGUGUUGGAAUCGCUGUGGUGGCUGUAGGUCUUACCAUUUCCGUUGACUCUAUCAUGUGGAAGAAGUUUGUCUGGCCAGAGUUUGAAGUUUUCUGGUUUAACUCCAUUCUGAACCGGAGUUCUGACUGGGGUACACAUUCCAUUCAUUGGUACUUCACCUCGGCACUCCCACGAUCAUUACUAAUAGCUUAUCCUCUUUCCCUGCUUGGUACCAUACUUGACAGGAGGGUUCCAUUCCUAAUUCUUCCUGUUUUAUCCUUUGUUAUACUCUACUCUAAACUUCCACACAAGGAACUCCGCUUUAUUAUUAGUUCAGUGCCAAUGCUCAACUUAUCUGCUGCAGUUGCUGCUAGCAGGAUCUACAAUAACAGGAAGAAAACUAUUUGGAAACUGGUGAACAUGGUUAUGGUAGCAUUAUUUGUAAUCAGUGCAGGGUGCACGAUUGUAACAUUCAUGGCAUCCUACAACAACUAUCCAAGCGGCUAUGCUCUUAAGCGCUUGCAUCAGAUAAGCCAUCCCGCAAAUGUAGUGGGCGAAGAGUGGGUUCACAUAGACACUUUUGGUGCUAUGAAUGGAAUAUCACGGUUUUGUGAAGAAGCUUUUCCGUGGAGAUACUCAAAAGAAGAAGAGGUGGGGGUGGAGGAGUUGCGGAACAGAAAUUUCACGUACCUGGUGAACGAGCAGCCCUCAGUGGAUGGAUACAAGUGCUUGUUUUCUGAACAAGGCUUCGACAGACUCGAACUGCGGCGAGGUUUCCCUCCCAUUGUUAUGGUAAAAAGAGCCAAAGUAUACGUGCACGAGGAUAUGAAGAAGGAAGAUCAUUUGCAUAAGAAAUGGCCAGGAUGUUAAGAGAGACGAUACAUUAACUAACUUUGUUAUAUCCCGAGAGAGAGUGAGAGAGGAGUUGAUGUAACGAUAUACACCUACACCUACCUAUUGUGUAUUUGGGCCUUUGAGCUGAGCCCAACUUCAGUAGUGAGGUAGUAAAUUACCAAUUUACCCCUC